CUUUGUCCCAAUCCGUCCCGGGAGUCCUCGACAUUCUAGGUUUUCUUGUGCCUGUCCGCCUGAAUCUCUUUCUCAAUCCCAGAACUAUAGUCUUGCGAAUUUAUGAAACCUUCAGACUACGUUUGAACACAGUGGGAUUCUUAUAACGUCCCAUACUAUUCUAAAUAAAUUUUGGUGUUGAGGAUCCAUUAUAAUGAUUCUCUCUUUUCUCCUCCGACUCACUUCAUCGUCUCCGGUGAACGUGCUUGCUUCAACUAACCUCCGCGCUUUCGGUCCAGGUCUAAAUCCUUUCGCUCCCUAUAACCUAGCCAAUCAUUCAUGCUCUCGCUAAGCCACCUUUCUUCUUCUAAUCAACGUUGCUUUGUUGCUUUUUUUCCUUUCCUUCGUUUGAUCAUGUAAUUGAAUGGAAAUCAACCCACCCUUGUUUUUCUUCUGUUUCUGGUCUGGUCUUGUCGGAAAAACUUUUCUUCCCAAGCUGAAGGAAUUCAUAGGUUUCUGCUGGGUUUCAAUUGAAACCAAAGUCUUCCCCUUUCAUAGAUUCAUCAGUUAUAUUAAACCAAACUCAAGAAAAGGUAGCAAUUUCUUUUACCCCUUCUCUAAACAACAAAAUAGUUUUGUUCUUGAACAGUCGAUCCCAGUCUUCAGAUUACUUUCAGUAGACUAUGCUCGCAGACCAGUUAGGUUUGAGCAGGCGGUCUAAAAGGUUGCUUAUGACUGCUAGCGAUAGAGAUGACAGAGGAUGGACUCCACUACAUAUUGUUGCUCUGAAAGGUGACCUUAAAGAGGUGAGGCGACUUCUUGAUGAAGGCAUUGACGCAAAUGUGGCCGCAUGGGGUCCAAAAGCACCGGGUGUGACACCUCUUCAUCUUGCUGCUAAGGGUGGCCAUGUCAAAGUUAUGGACAAAUUGCUUGAACAUGGUGCUGACAUUGAUGCUCGGACCAAAGGAGCUAGCGGCGGAUGGACGCCUCUGCAUCAUGCUGCUAAAGAACGAAAGAAGAAAGCAAUCAAUUUCCUGAUUAGGAACGGUGCUUUUCUGCCGGAUGACAUAAAUGAUACCAGAUUCAACCCAUCAGUACACUAUUGUCCUGGUCUUGAAUGGGCUUAUGAAGAGAUGAAGCGCCUUAGAGGGGACAACAGCUCAUCAUCCAGCGAGGGUUCUCAUAGCUCUGGAGAUUGAGAAUGUUAUACUUAGAAUUUCACUGAUUUGGUUUAUGCAUCGUAUCUAUAUAUGAUGAUAUGAUGAUAUGGUUUGUUUCUGUCUCUCUCUUGGAUAUUAUAUACUACAGUAGCCCAUGGACAUGGUUGUUUCAAGGGGCUUUAUUUGUGACGUGGUAUAAAUGUAGUCAACAGGCUCUCAUGUGUUGUCUUGUUUCAACAGGCAAACGUUGUUCAAUCUAGAGAAGGCAUGUGGGUGGCAUUCUCGCAGUUUUAACUUUUUUACUUGUUAGUUUAAGUGUACUUAUAGUAUCUUUACCCAGGGUAAAGUCGACAUUUUGAACUAGUAUCAUUACAAUAACCGACUAUCAACGCUGACGCAUCAAUCCCAAACAAUGAUUAUUGAUGCUGGGACAUGAAAAAAAUAUGCUGAUUAUGAGUGGUGGC